CAUAAGGCUGUCAACGCCCCCCUUGGAAUGAAAAGAUUAAAUGCCCUGGGGACUAAUGCCCCCAAUUGGAAUAUCCAUGCUGAUAAGGCAGGACACAUGGGAGCCAUGAAGCUGCUACUGUUACAUCUGAGUCUUAUCGCUGCCCUGUGCCCCACCACCCACGCCAACGGUAUUGUUACGGCGGUGGUGGCCCUGGUGCUCGAGGUUUCUGUUGGUGAUGGUAGUGGUGCGGGUCCUGAUGACUCCACUACCGACAGACCCGUCUCAUCAUCUCCCAGCCUUCCCUCCUUCACCUUUGCCACUGCAUCUGACCUCUCAUCCCAAAUAGCCAGCACAGCGCAGCACACAAGUCAGAGAGCCGACACAACUUCUUCAUCAGCAGGUGUCCAGUCAGCCUCUUCUCCUCCUGCUGGCAACUCCCCUGCAGUACCCAACACCACUGGGAAAAACUUUGUGAGCACAAAUCUGCCGGUUUUACCUCCAUCAUCAACUUCAAGUGCACCCACUUCCAAACAUCCUGUAGCAGAUGUACCGAGCGCUCCGGUAACAAGAGCCACCAGUCAGUCUGUGUCCACAACACCUCGCAAGACAGUUGAAACAGUGUCUCUGAUGAAUGUAAAGAUAACUUCUGCACCAAUGACCAACACACAGUCUGCUUUGGCAAAACAGCCAACAACAGGAGACACAGCAUCUGCUGGGUCCCGAGUGACACAAGCCUUCAAGUCAACAGCACCCUCACCUGCAUCACUCGGAAUGACUUCGAUUGAAUCACCUGUCACUGAAAAUACCCCACCAGCAACAAGCUUUCUCAAUACCACCAAAACCACCAGCUCUGGCCAGAGUGAAAGACCACCAGGCCCAACAUUAGAAUCACAGACUGAGACCACAGACACUAUCACUAUUGCAUCUCAACCAGAUUCAACAUUGGAUGACUCCACGUCCAUCAUUGACGGUACAAGUUCAUUACAGCCCCUUCACAGCACAACACCUUCAACAACAUCUUCAUCUGUGAUAACACCAUUCCCUGUGUCCACCACCAAUGUGAGUGCAGAUCUAUCAGUGUCGUCUCAAUCAUCACCUUCAGUUGUAUCCACCACCACUGACCAUUCUCUGAUGAGUGCUUCGAGCACUCGUGCACCAAUGACCACCACACAGCCUCCAUCGACACAACAGCCAUCAACAAGACACACAGCAUCUGCUGUAUCCCAAGUGACUCAGUCUCUAGUGCCAACAACUCUACAUAUCACCCCCGAAACAGCCACUACAGCCCAAGAACAAGCAACAGCCACGAACCCUACUCUAAAGUCAACUACAGAAUCAAAUAGCCCUUUAGCAAGCACCAACCCUGUGCCAAAUUUGAGUGCAAGCAUGAUAACUACUCCUUCAUUACUUGGUAGCAGUACCUCGACUCAUAGACCUACAAUGUCAGCUACAUCUUUAUCUGAAUCUGCAGACAUGAACAGCCAAACAUCUGAAACAUUCUCAAAAUCGACACCAUCGAGUUCAUCUAUCACAACAGUAACAUCCAGUCCACCUGUUGCCUUACCCUCUAGUCCUCAGGUCACAUCAGGCUUAACAUUGGGAACAUCAUUGACAUCAGCACCUGUGGCUUUAACUAUCCAUUCACAGGGUGCAUCAUCACCAACACCACCACCACCACCACCAUCACCACCACCAUUCCCCUCCUUAUCCACUCUUUCACCAUCAUCCUCAUCGUCCUCCUCCUCCUCCUCCUCAUCAUCAUCAUCAUCAGCAGCAGCUAGUACAGAAGAGAGAGCUACUUCCUCAACUGCAUAUGCUACUUCACCAUCAGGAUCCACUGCAGUCCAGGAUACAACUGCCCCAUCAUCAGAGCCGACACAUUCCACAUCAAAUGUGAAUCCAAACGACCCAACCACCACUCGAAAAACCCUCCUGGACAACUUAUCACUAUCAGAACAUUCCUCUGCGUCAACUUCUAGAACCACUGCAGUAGCCUCAACUGCUGAUGACAUCACAAUGCCAGGAACACCUGCACAAGCCACAUUACAAAGUUACUCUUCAGCCACCAGUUCCUCACUUUCUACAAACACCUCUAAGUACAAGUCAACCACAUCAGAGCUGAGUAUUACACUUUCCAACACGUCCAAACCACCAUCAAGUACUGCAAAUAGCACUGGGCCUACCAUGCUAACUUCCCCUUCUUUACCUGUUAUAAGAUCAACCACCAGUGACGCCAGGGCCUCUACACUGACCCAAACCUCUAAUGCUGUGUAUUCAUCUCCUAGCUUUGUAGGAGACAUAGGCACACAAUCGCAAAUGGCGUCAUCAGUUGCAUCAACAAGCCAUACUGUCCUUUCAGAAGCCUCUCCGAACUACCUGCCAUCCAGUGGAUAUACCUCAAGUGCCACUUUGCAAGGUUCAUCAUUUACACACACAUCCACACCUCUGUCAAUGACUCCUAUACAAGGACACAACAAUCAUGAAUCUGAAGCUACAAUGUCUGUAGCUUCAUCAACACAGGCAUCACCCGAUGGGUAUCAAUCAAGUAGUGCCCCGCUAAAAGAGACCCCCGUGGCAAGCACAUCCACACCUCUGUCAAUGAUGUCUACACGUGACAAUCUUGAAUUUGAAGCCACUAUGGCUGUAGCUUCUUCCACACAGGCACCACCCGAUGGGUAUCAAUCAAGUAGCGCCCCGCUAAAAGAGACCCCCCUGGCAAGCACAUCCACACCUCUGUCAAUGACGUCUACACGUGACAAUCUUGAAUUUGAAGCCACUAUGGCUGUAGCUUCUUCCACACAGGCACCACCCGAUGGGUAUCAAUCAAGUAGCGUUCCGCUAAAAGAGACCCCCCUGGCAAGCACAUCCACACCUCUGUCAAUGACGUCUACACGUGACCAUCUUGAAUUUGAAGCCACUAUGGCUGUAGCUUCAUCAACACAGGCAUCACCCGAUGGGUAUCAAUCAAGUAGCGCCCCGCUAAAAGACAUUCCCCUGGCAAGCACAUCCACACCUCUGUCAAUGACGUCUACACGUGACUAUCUUGAAUUUGAAGCCACUAUGGCUGUAGCUUCUUCCACACAGGCACCACCCGAUGGCUCUCAAUCAAGCAAUGCCCCGCUAAAAGAGACCUCCCUGACAAGCACAUCCAGGCCUCCGUCAAUGACGUCUACACAAGCACGUGACAAUCAUAAACUUGACACUACUGUGCCUAUUACAUCUGUAGAGCCAUCAACAGCACCAUCAGAGGGGAAUGCUGCCUUACAGUCGUCCCCGACACCAAUGUCUAUCACAUCAGGUGAUGCAUACCUUGCUCAGUCACAUACUUCACAGUCAAUAUUGAAACAGUCUGCAGCCUACACCGACAUAACCACUCAGCAGCCAUCGCAACUUGCAUCAAGACAAUCCCCAUCAACUGCGGAUUCUAUGUUUUCCCCUUGGUCAACCCCGAAAUCGGUCUCUGCAGGCGUAGCUACUAGAUAUACCUCAGUGGACAACACGGAAACAAGUCUCUCUGCAGAGGAUGCUACUGCAGACACAUUCUUCCCACCGACAGCCCCAAUCUCGGCUUCUGCAGACAUACCAAGACAUACCUCAGUGGUUAAAACCGAGACAAGUCACUCAACUGUGUCUCGAUCAAGACAUUCUACUACACCUGAGGGUGCUGCUGCUGCGGAUAGAUCUACAUUUUCUCCACGGACAUCCCCAAGCUCAACCUCUGCAGACGUACCUAGACAUACCUCUGCCGACAAACCUGAAAUAGGGCACUCAACCGUGACUGGAUCAGAUGCAACUAUGGAGCCGCCCAGGAUAUCAUCUCUGCCUAUCUCCCCAUCAGCACGUGAACCGGAAAGCACAGAUGUGACAAGACAGACAACGCACUCACAGCACUCAACAACAACGCGGCCCGAUCACGCCAGUGCAUCUGCGGUGACGUUCAACACACUGUCUCACACCUUGGAAAAUCUGACUGAUGUGCCGACUGGAGUAACGUCACCUGUUCCGCCUGUGCAUAUGUCAACAGGGUCCACAGGUGUGCAGUCUACAGGUAAUACUGCAGUGCCUAGACUGACCUCAGAAGUGCAAUCUACGUCAGGGCCUUCAGCCACUACUGGUAAUACCCCUGCCCACUCAACUACAUCUGGGAAACUUCAAAGCAACACAACUCGUCUGUUGCAAUUCACAUCAAACUCCCAGAUUGAGUCCACCUAUAGGGCAGGGUUGACUACCAGUGAAGCUGUUUCUAAGGCUGAUCCAGUUUCUAAGGCUGAUACAUCAGCACAGACGACAGUAAGACUUGUUACACUAAAUGCCUUGACUGAUACAACACAAGAUGUCACGUCAAGCAACCCACUGGUGCCAGUUGACUCUACGACAUCAACAGUUCAAUCAGGAAAAUCAUCCACAUGGUCAUCACAAAAGUUCACAACUGACUCUGCCAAACCAGCCACAUCAGGCAACCCAGUGGAAAAUACAUUGUCUGCAAAAGCAAUCUCCAGUAAUCAACAUUUUCCAACCACCACUUAUUCACUACUACAAACAACUUCUAAUCCGUCAAUGACGUUCACCUCCAGUGAUGUAAGCAAACACACUCAAUCUCACACUAUGAGUUCUUCCUCUUCCUUUGUAGCCGUCACCCCGGCAACAAGUUAUGCAUCCCAAUCAGUCCGCACAACAUCAGUGGAGACAAUCACUAGUAGUCCUGCAACUAGAGACAGCACACAUUCUCAGUCACCACACCAGCCAUCUGUAACUGAAAAGACUGCAGCCCCCUCCGUGGACAUUACAAACAAUAACUGGCCCGAUUCAUCCGGAGUGACUGUUGAUUCCUCAUUGCAAGCAGUUUCUACAGCUCAAAAUGUCAUUUCAGUGUCAGCGAAACCACCAAUUGACAAAACUACAGUCACAUCCACAGAUGUUACAAACAGUGAUGGAUCUAACCUAUCAGAGGUAACGGUUAAUGUGUCACCCCAGACAACAUCUACAGCUCACAAAAGCACUUCAGUUACAGUUAAACAUUCAGUGUCAACGCCUGCCCACAUCAUCCUUUCAACAGUGGCUACACACAAUAACUCACUCACAGACCCAACAACAGCAGAUAACAGUCAUUCAGGUUCACCAUCCAUAACUAUACACCCUACUACUUCUCCAGAGGCCUCUCAACAAACAAAGGCCUCAGCAGAAUCACAUACCACUGUCACAAAUACUUUGGCACAGUCGCAAGGCACGGAUCCAACAUCUGCAUUUCCUGGUGCUGUUGACAUUUCACCUCUGACAUCUCAAUUCAAGACUACUGUAGAUCAAGCUAUGACUGCCACGCCAACCUCAGAGCAAACAACACAAAAUAAUAAUACCACUUCCCAGCUAAACCCAAAUAUGAUUUUGAGUACAACCAAGACAAUAAUAUCAAGCGACACCAUGCCAGAAAACAUUACAGUCUCAUCAGUAACAAAACCCAUUAUGACACAUUCAACAAAAGUUACUCCACCAGUAAUGUCCACUACAGAGACUGCAACUACCAACUCAGGACCAGAUACACAUUCAGUGGCGUAUGUGACAUCACGGUCAUCCGCAACUAGCGACAACACCCCUCUUCAGUUUACAACCACAGCCUCAUCAGUAACAACACAAUCAACAACAGUGGCUCCGUCGACAAUGUUCACUACAGGGUCUACAACCACCAACUCCAACUCAGGAUCAGGGGCACUAUCAGGGUCAGAUGGGUGGACGUCGGAGCCUGCCACAAGUCCCGUCUUCACCAGCGAAAAUGCUCCUCUUCAGAUUUCAACUGUUACUCCAUCGUCGGCAACUGAGGCAUCCUCUCCAUCCACUCCAGGAAGCACUCUCUCACUGUCACCACUUUCCGCAUCUCCAACUACCCUAGUGAACACAGUGAGCUCAGACAGCCGCCCCAUGCACUCCACAUCUGUCGGCGCUGUGUCAAAACACACCACGACUAGCCAGACGACCUCACCUACCUUUCCAAGCUCUUCUACCGAACACUUGACAUCUGUCGACGCUGCAAGGCCAACAGCUUUGUCAAGUGAUGAAACUUCUGCUUUCUCAACUGACAAGCGGACAACCACUGAUUCAACCCUUACAGAUGUCACCUCUGAUCAUCCUGCAGUGAAUACAGCAAUGCAUUUGUCUGCUCAGUCCCCAAUGGGCUCAAUAGUAACAGUGACAACAAAAACAAUGGCGACUACAGAUCUUGGCGUUUCAGAUAGUGACAUUACAACAUCCAGACCUGCAACAACAACACCAUCGUCACAACCAACUGGCAGGCCAACAUCCAGUCACUCACCUUUGACUUCAACAUCUUCCACAGAUAUAACCAAUCCAACCAGCAGUUUGUCUGCACACACAUCAUCAUCAUCAUCAUCAUCGUUGUUGCCAUCGACAUCAUCAUCAUCAUCCACAAUAUUAUCAUCACGUCCCUCACCACCAUCAUCAUCAUCAUCAGCAUCCUUGCCAUUGUCUUCAUCAUCAUCCACAAUAUUAUCAUCAACUCCAUCACCAUCAUCAUCAUCAUUGUCAUCAAUGUCAUCACCAUUAUCAUCAUCACCACCACCAUCAUCAUCAACUGAAAUAACAAUAACACCAUCAACAAUAACAUCAUCACCAUCCCAAUCACCAUUAUCAUUAACACCCCCAUCGUCAUCAUCGUCUUCAUCAUUAGCAUCCUCAGCAUCUUCAUCAACAUCAUCACCAGUACCACCACCAUCAUCAUCAUCAUUGUCAUCAACGUCAUCACCAUUAUCAUCAUCACCCCCACCAUUAUCAUCAACUGAAAUAACAAUAACACCAUCAACAAUAACAUCAUCACCAUCCCAAUCACCAUUAUCAUUAACACCCCCAUCGUCAUCAUCGUCUUCAUCAUUAGCAUCCUCAGCAUCUUCAUCAACAUCAUCACCAGUACCACCACCAUCGUCAUCAUCAUCAUCAUCACCACCACUAUCACCACCACUGUCAUUAUCUCCUUUGUCUUCAUCCACACAAAAUGCCACAGCCCAGACAGAUGGUAUCACCCCACUUGAUCAAAGCACAAGAACACCAGACGCAGUCCUUUCCAAAACAACCGCUAAUGGGCCUGAUGUUGAAAAUAGCACCAACGUCACACGCCCCGGAGAGGUAUUCGCAUCAUCAGCCCUACCAUCAUUGCCACAGGUUUCGUCCGUCACACUCUCGACAGGGAGCGCAAACUCCGCAGAGUAUGCCAGUACCGCAGAGCACACAUCAACACCCCAUCAAAAUGUGACAUUAGAAUCGAGAUCCACACAGUCACAAAUGUCAUUGGGGUACGUCAUCCCCACAGAACAUACAGCAAUACCCAAUGGUAAUGUGACUUUAGGUACAACAUCCACACAGUCCCCCAUGUCAUUGGGGCAUGUAAGCCCCACAGAAGAUACAGCAACAUCCAAUGGCAAUGUGACUUUAGGUACAACAUCCACACAGUCACCCAUGUCAUCGGGCUAUGUCAGUACCCCAGAACACACAGCAACUCCCAAUGACAAUGUGACAUUAUUUUCUGUGCCCACAAAGUCACCUCUUUCGUCAAAUGGUGUGCCAUCUUCCUCAACGUCUAAUAGCCACACGAUAUUAGAUUCAGCAGCCACAACACCACCCAACCUAUCAAAUGGUUUUACAACAUAUGCUGUGCCAACAACUACUAGUGGCUUGAAAACAGCGUUUGCAAUUUCAAAUAGCGUGCCUACAACUGAAAAUGGUGUUCUUACAACUGCAAAUGGUAUUCUUACAACUGCAAAUGUUAGCUCUACAACUGCAAAUGUUAGUUCUACAACUGCAAAUAUUAGUUCUACAACUGCAAAUGCUAGUUCUACAACUGAAAAUGGUGUUCCAACAACAACAAACAGGGUGACACCAGCACAGUCAGCAGGAGUCACGAUGACGAAAGACGCAUUUUUGACAGAUAAGAACACACCACUGUCCAGUACAAGCGCAUUGACCCAAUCAUCGUCAGGCACCACAGGCACAGUAACUACACUAAGCAGCAGCAUAUCUGAUUCUACCACAUCACCAUCACCUCUUGUGAGCAGCACAGAAAUCACUGAGACUCCCAGUCCAGGCACACAUACCACCAGUUUGACCCAAACAGAAGCUGUUACAAAGCCACAAGUGAGCACUUCAACAGGGCCAGGCUUCACAUAUACAAGUCACUCGUCAAAAUCUCCCCCGUCGUCAACCUUGGGUUCACCCUUGACUGUGGGUAAUUUGUCGGCUAAUUCCACCACAGCAGGUGACCUCCGUACGACCACCAUUGAUCGGAACUCACCACUUUCCGCCACACAUUUACCAGAAUCCUCGUCUGACCCGCCACCUACGACGCCGUUGUCAAGACGACCUAUCGUGUUCAUAAGCCCGGAGCCCCUGAUCAAGCCCAUCACGUUUGAAUAUGCGAAAGUGGGACAGGCCACGUUCAUCAUUAAUCAUGAUGACUCUUAGACCAUGUUUUUACAUACAGUAUAUAUAUUGUAAAUGCAUCCUAUUGUUUAUAUGCAAACAGAGUUCUAGCUCCUUAACACAGAUUUUUUUUAAAAAAAGCAGAGUUUUCUAAAAUGUACACCUCACAAUGGCAUUUUUUUAAUCUACAUGCAACUGGACCGAAAUAUGUAAACAGAUAAAAAUUAGAUGUUUUUAAAAAUAUCUGCUUACAUGUGACUAAGGCCUUACUGAGGUAGGGACACAGGGAUGCGAUCAGGCUGGAAAAAGGUUAGGGUGAGAGCUUGGCACUGACAGGCGGUCCUUUUUAUUUUAGAAAUUAUUUUUAAUAUUGAAUGGGCUUUCAGAGUCAUUGCAUUCACAAUAAGUUCUGCUUAGAGAGUUGGUCAUUUAAAUAUUAUUUAUUGCUAAUAUAUAACGGUUGCGGUCACUUGCUUGUUAUUUUUACUGAAAUGUGUCCAGUGUCCAGUGACGCGUUUCUACUCUAUCUGAUUACUUUUAUUGGACCUGCACCCAAAGAUAAUAGUAAAUCUCCCUGGGUUUGAAAGAGCUUUUGAUUGAAGCUAACAAUUUCUUGCAACACCCAUGUGGGGACAUUCCCCUCACAGUCCACUGUACAUAGUCUGUUUUCAGUAGGGGCUUAAGAAGCUGUUUACAUGUAUAAGGAUAUUUUUGAAAACUCAUCAGUCUUAGCCUCUCGUUCACACGUUAAUGGAGUUUUAGAAUGCGCAUUUCACAAACUCCGAUUUAAAAAAUAUCCCAUUUAGGGGGCUUAAACGCUCCUGUCACAAUGGAGCUUUUAUUUUUAUCCACAUGUCAUGUUUACACGUAAAUGGAUGAAAUACUAUCUGCAUACUUGUAACCAGCACCAUAGACUGAGAGGGUAAAUGCCUUGGUAUUUGUUUUCUUUUCUUCCGCCUGUGCUCUGAACACAGAUGCUCUCGCUAAUUAGCAGGUGUGCAGUCAUUUGUCUGAUGCGUCUGCCAGCGUCAAAACCAGAUGGAUCGGACCUGGAAUGGAUGAAAUGUGUGCCACUCACAUGGGGUUGAUAUUUUUGUCUUUGAAGCUAAAACCACACAGAGGAUUAAAGUUAUGUUUCAUCUGACACCACACAUCUCACAUAAGGCUGCAUCUGACCAGAUCUUGAACUUCAGGGACCCUGUUUGUUUAAUUGCAACUAUAUAUGAUUCUUUAUUAUUUUCCUCAAGAAACAAACAGUAUAGAGCAAGUGUGUUUUUCUGUUAACUAGGUUUAACCUCUAAGGUUCGGGAAGACUAGCAGUCUGAAAGUCUGUGUAAGAGUACUCUUGUAUAUACUUUGAUUUGAAUGUGUAAUGUCUACCUUGAGCUGUGAACCUGUAUUAAAAUGAAUC